UCGAACAGCUUUAUUAGUUCUUUUAGCACUAUGCUGUAUUCUAGCUGUUUACUACAGUUUAAGUUUAUUUUGGCUUCCUUUGACAUCUUUUCAUUUUCAAACUGGAUCUCAUCGAAAUGUAUAUACUGCAGCGGAUAUGAUAAAAGUAUUUAUGGUGACAGAAAAUUCACGUAUGGGUGGUGUAAUCACAGCCAUCAACAGUAUUAUUUCAAAUACUAAUCAUCCAACACAUUUUUAUAUUGUGACAGAUAAUAGCAGUGCUUAUCAUUUAUUGUCUUGGAUUGAACAUAGUAAACUAAAAUCAAUAUCAUAUGAAAUUAAUGUGUUUCAAAAUAAAUUAUUUUUACCUCAUGUUCAGAAUCUAGAAAAUAUGCAUCAUAGAAAUCCUUUGCUGAGUUAUGCAAAAAUAUUUGUGUCAAAAAUCAGUCCAGAUCUGGAAGGCCGAUGGAUAUUCCUUGAUGAUGAUAUCAUUGUACAAGGUGAUAUUUUUGAAUUGGCAAAUGCCACAAUCUUAGAAGAUAAUGUAGGAGCUUUUUCAUAUGAAUGUGAUGUCAUUUCUAAGCAGUACAAUUCACUUGGUAAUAAAUAUAUUAAGUAUUUGAAUCUUCAGAACAGUCAUCUAAAAGUACUUAAUAUUCAUCCUAAUACAUGUGUUUUUAGUCUUGGAGUAUAUAUAUUGAAUAUGACUACUUGGAAUAGUCAAAAGAUAACAGAACAGUUAGAAUAUUGGAUUGAUUUAAAUGGAAAAGAGAAAAUAUUUAAUGAACCAGGUCCUUUGCCACCAAUGUUAGUUACUUUAUAUAAUAAAACAACUCCACUUGAUCCAUCAUGGCAUGUACAUCAUUUAGGUAAUAAUCUCUCAUAUCCCUUCAAAGAAUCUGUAGAUUCUCCAGAACCUGGUUUGAGAGAAACUAGUAUAGAUGGAUAA